UUCACGUGAUUAUCGCAAAAGAAGACAAUGGAGGAAGUGAAAAGUUUGAUUUUAUCCAGCUAUUUUGUUCCUUCCAGUUCCCUGGUGUGACUUUAGAUACCUUGCGUAUUUCUUGUUUGUUUGGCAAAAGCGAAAAAAACACACUGGCAACAACGAUAUUAACAAUCUUUCAUUCUACAAUUCAAUCUUUUUUCAACACAACUCCAAGCUUACCAUUUAGUUUUGAGCAGGAGAGUGGGAUUUAAGAUGAUAGAUGUGUGAUGAUUCACCAUGCGGAAGGGCACAGACAGAGAGCACAGAAAGAGGGCACAAUUUUUCUCAAUACGGAACGACUUAGGCUGGUGAAUAACAUUUUGAUUUUUUCUAGAAAUUUAACGAAAUGCUGGCCAAAAGAAUCCGAAUGAUUUAGGCCAGCAGGAUCCUCCAUAAUCUGAACGACUUUCAAACGAGUUUGGUUUCGCGAUAAACCUUAAAAUGAGUUGUUUUCACUAACUCCUUUAUUUCCUUUAUCUUUUUCUCUUCUUUUCUUCUCUUUCCUCUUUUUCGUCUCAACGCAACAACCUACUGCACCUUCUUAUAUAGUUCCUUACAAUCUUUCUUGUAGAUUCUACAGAUUUACAACACGACUAUUUUUAGUAACAUUGCAUCAUAGAAUUUUCCAGAAUUUACGGUAAACAACUCAAGUUUCUAUAAAUAGACGCACGUACUCAUGUCGAAACCACUAGAACCUUCCUAAAGGACUAAUCAAGAAUGUUCUGGAAAUCAUAGGAUAAUCGAUAAACGUGCCAAAUAACAUGUCUUCUGUCCAGAGUUGAUGUCAGUGAUAACAGACUGGAGUAUUCAAAAUAGUAGAGACGGGCUUCACCGAAACAUUUUUAUUUGCGUUAAGAUAAAAGUGAUUUAAAAGGUUUCCAAACAAACUUUGAAACCUUUUUUUUUUUACAAGUAUCUGUCACGAUCUGAUCCUUAUCAAUAGAAGAGAGCAUACGAAGAAAAAGCGCAAGUGCACUUUUGAAAGGAAAAAAAUACUCAAGUUCCAAGACCGCCACGACAAUUUUCCUUCAAAAACAGAGGCAGACCAGUGGGUUAUUUACAGAGCGCAACCGAGGAGUGGAACUAGGGGCAACCGAGAGCAAAUCUAGUGACUGGUAGGAUGGAGGAUUUGAACCCUGGACACCGGAUUCCGUCGGAGCCUGAAUCUGGGCAGAAGAAACAAAAGAAAGCAAUUUUUUUCGGUUUGCUAUACCUCAUAGAUGAGACUCCACCAUGGCACAUAAGUUUAUUGUUGGGUUUCCAGCAUUAUCUGGCCAUGACUGGAGGAACAUUGACCACGCCCUUUAUUCUCAGCAUUCCAAUGUGUUUCUCAAACAACACGCUUGUCAUUAGCGAAGUUAUGAGUACCACGUUCUUUGCUUGUGGCAUUGUAACCCUCUUACAGAGUACAUUUGGGGUCAGGCUCCCAAUCGUUCAAGGUGGAACUUUUUCCUUUUUUUUUCCAGCAUUUGCCAUCUUGUCUCAAGCACAGUGGAUAUGUCCAAAGACGGAUUUUUUAAUUUUCCUUUAUCUUUGCUUCUUUAUUGCAGCAAAUGAUAAUUCAACUGCAAGCCCAAUCAUUAACAACGAUGACAUUUGGAAACCUCGAAUGAGAGAGAUCCAAGGAGCCAUAAUGGUUGCAUCAUUACUUGAAAUGUUUAUCGGUUUUACCGGACUCAUUGGUUUUCUUCUUCGUUUCAUUGGACCGCUGACCGUAGCACCCACAAUCACCUUGGUGGGUAUGGCACUUUUCCCAGUAGCAAUGGAACAAUCGGGAUAUCAUUGGGGAAUUUCAAUAAUACUUGUUUCGCUCGCCGUUGAUCAGGUGAUUCUAGCCGUCGCAGUAGCUUGGAUUAUCAGCGCCAUUAUCACUGCGGCCGGCGGCUUUCCUACUGAUCCCAGUGUACCUCAGUACAGGGCCAGAAGCGAUGUUAGGAUUGCUGUGCUGAAAGAGGCUAAGUGGUUUAGAGUUCCGUAUCCAGGUCAGUGGGGAACGCCCACUGUCAGUGCAGCAGGGGUCAUUGGGAUGUUUGCUGGUGUGAUAGCUUCUAUCAUCGAAUCCAUCGGAGAUUAUUACGCAUGUGCCAGGAUUUCAGGAGCCCCUCCACCGCCAAGACAUGCCAUCAACCGUGGAAUUGGAAUGGAAGGAAUUGGAUGCCUUUUGACUUCAUCUUUUGGCACCGGAAACGGAACAACAUCAUAUAGUGAAAAUGUUGGAGCUAUUGGCAUCACAAAGGUUGGCAGUCUCCGUGUGGUCCAGUAUGGUGCAAUUGUUAUGAUAGUCGUCGGAGUUUUUGGUAAAGUUGGUGCAUUCUUCGUCUGCAUCCCAGAUCCUAUUCUUGGUGGAGUGUUUAUGGUCUUGGUUGGAAUGAUUACUGCUGUUGGAAUCUCUAAUGUACAAUUUGCUGACAUGAAUUCGCCAAGGAAUCUGUUCAUUGUUGGAUUUUCAAUUACAUUUGGUAUGGCACUGCCACUAUAUUUGCAAAACCAUCCAAAUGCAAUCCAGACAGGAGCCCCAGAAUUUGACCAGAUCAUCACAGUCCUUUUAAAAACAGGCAUGGCAGUGGGAGGUAUUGUUGCAAUAAUUCUGGACAAUACCAUCCCUGGAACCGAUGAGGAACGCGGGCUUCUGGCUUGGAGGAAGAGUGCCUCACAUGACAAUGGCGAAAAGUGUCGCACAGCCUCUAUUAAAGUCUAUAAUCUACCGUUUGGCCUCAAUCGCCUCAGCAACUACAAAUUUUCCAAGUACCUUCCCUUUUUGCCAAAUCUCAAAGACGAAAAUGAAAUAAUAACAAACCAAAACGUAGAAUUGGAUGAAAAUACGAAUACUAAACUGUAGAAAAUAGGCCAGUCACAUAUACAGGUUACAUGUUUAUUUUUUAUAACUUUGUUGUAAACGCUGUUGAAGAAGGAUAGAUAGAUAGUAAUGGAGGGGUGAAAAAAGAGGGAGGCUUGGGUCGAGUUGCGAAAUGAAGUUUACGCGACUCGACUCCAUUUUACAAACUUAACGCUGGGAAGAGGGAAGCAAACGCUUGUACAUGUACAAUGGAAUCUCGCCCAGACAAACUGUUGAUAUCUUAAGUUGUUUAAUGACUUAUAUCAGAAUGCAAGUUCAGCAGAAAAGGCGAUAACAACUCCAUUAAAGCCCAGCGAGAUAUGAUCCUUUCAUAAACACUAUCAGUUGGGGCAAUGUGAAUAAUCUUUACACACCAGUUAAUUUGGAGCUGCACUAGUUUUUAUUUUAUUUUAAUCGCAGUAUCUCUGGUAACUGUACGAUUUUUACGAGUAAGAAAGGAAAUAUCUACCUUUCACUUUAACAAGUUGUUACUAUAAUUUGCAUGGUCAAAAAAGGUUUUGGUAACGACAUGAUUACGUUACAUUUAUUUUAAAAGGCACAUUUUUUUCUUCGAGGAUUAUCACGGUAAUAAUUGGGAACAAUUGUGAACUGAAAUACUCUUUUAUAUCACUGUGUUAGCAAUUUGCUUUGGCGACAUAUUUACAGCAGAAUAAAGUUCGUUCAGUCCACA